AUGCCACACAUAUACCCAGAGGUAGACCACGAUGAAGGGCGCUUGGAGAGUAACUCUUCGCAUCCUCCUCAAGACCCCUUGGAACCGUGUCCAGGACCUCCACGGCCGCUUCCAUCGUCUCUAUUUCCUGGUCGUGUCAGAGUCAAUCUGGGAUAUCAGGGUAUUUUCCCUCUGGAUUCUACUAUCGCUCCAGAGGCACAAUUGAAUAUAGCUUAUGGAAUCCUGCCUCUUCCUCCUACCACUCCUGCUCCUGCUCGGCCUUCUUCGCUUCCUGCGCCUCCACAGUCACCACGGCUGCGACUGGCAUCGUCUUGCCUUAUUACCCAGUCUGGACACAACCCCCCCCGUAGGAAUCGGAAGCUCAGGAGUGAUAACAGCAUCUGCGGACACAGCACGGUGACGCGCAAGUAUAGCGAAAGCGACAGCGAAAAGUGCGACUUAUGUGACGAGAAACCGUUCUUGGGAUGGCUCUAUGUCUGCACGGAAGACACAACGGAUUACUAUGCGGGUCGAAAUGUGGAUGAUGAUAGAUUCCUUAGUCCAUCUAUCACAAAAGCCGUCAAAGAAGGCCAUUACAGCGACAAGGAGAUCGAAACCUUGGUCCUUCAGAAACUGGACGUUCGCGAGACCGUUGAAGAACUACGCAAUUGGGGCGCGAAGGAAAACUCCCGACCAGGCAAGAAAUCGGAUGGCAAGGGCUCUUUUUCAUCAUCAUCAUCAUCAUCUUCUUCUUCUUCGUCUAGUAGAACCAGGCACCGGUACAUCUUUGGAAGUCCUAUCUUUCGACGCCCCGAACCUGUUCAGUUGCUGCCUACUGCGAGGCCGUGCAUGUUCAAAUGCUGUCACCCUUGUAUGUCGGUCCUUUGUGAGCGGGCUUGGGCUAGUAUCGAUGCUGUGUGCUGUGAGGAACCGGGCCCGAUGGGUAAGCAGUUGGCCACCGUAGGGGAACAGUUGAAUAGGCUUGUUAUGAACGUGAGCAUUGUGCGCAACUUGGGAAGUCGAUCACAGCCAGCGUCAGUGUCAGUGUCAGUGUCAGAACUAGGAGCGGCAUCCAAAUCCGAUCCCGCCAUGGACAAGCUUGAUAAUAAUGGCCAUGGCAAUGAUAUCGAAUUCGAAAGGCCUCAAGCCGCAACAAUAACGGCAUGUCAUGAAAAUAACGAAUGA